AUGUUCUCCUGCAUCCCCCCCUACGCCACAAUCCACACCCUCUACCAAGAGCACCUCCUCUACCAAGAGCACCAAGAGCUUGCGCGCAUCCUCGCCUCCGACCUGUACCGCCAGACGCGGCUGCAGGGGCAGGCACAGCGGCAGCAGCGGGGUCAGGCUUAUGUCGAGCCGGGCCGGCAGCGGCGGCUGAAUGCGCGGCGGGAGGAGGUGCGGCGGCGGAUGGAGCGUGAGCGGCAGGAGCGGGAGCAUCAAGGGGGAGGGGGGGAGGGAGUGGGAGAGGGAGAGGGAGAGAGAGAGGGAGAGAGGGAUGGAAGAGAGAUGGAGCAGCGCAGGGUACAGGGUGAGUACUGGGCGCGGGUGGAACGGCUGCGGCGGGCGCGGGUGGAGAGGAUGCGUGUGGAGGUAGAGCGGCGGGAGAGGGGGGAGAGGGAUGAGAGGGAUCAGAGGGAGCUGGCGGAGAGGUGGGCGCGGAGGAGGAGGGGGAGGGAUGCGGAGCAGGAUAGGAGGAGGAAGGGGAAGGGGAAGGCGGUGGAUAGAAAAGGGAAAGGAAAGCAGGUGGAUAGGAAAGGUAAAGGGAAACAGCGAGAUGACGAUGACGAUGAUGAUGAUGAUGAUGAUGAUGAUGAUGAUAACGAUGACAAUGACGAUGAAGAGCCACGGUCGAUGUUGGCAUUGACGAGAGGGCCGAUAAUUCUUACUGGCUGGAGAAGAAGAGGCAGAUGGGACAGCCUCCCCGCCCCCGCCCAGACAGCCGCCCCCGCCUCCCCCAAGACAACCUCCCCCUCCCCCUCCCCCUCCCCGGAACCAGCGCAGAAAUCCUCCCCCUCCUCCUCCUCCCAGACAGCCUCCCCCUCCUCCUCCCCCGCCCCGAGACAAGCGCAGAGACCCUCCGAAUCCUCCCCGCAGACGUCCACCACCACCACCACCCCCGCCCCGAAACCAGCAGAAACCUCAACCUUAACCCCAGCCCAAGAACCAAGCGCCCCCCGCCGCAUCUUCUCCUGGGACGGCAUCCACCGCCUUCGCAACUCCCCCUACUUUGGCCAACAAGACCGCCCCCUCCAGCCACAACCACGCAUCGAGGACCGCAGCCACCGCAGAACACUGCAGCGCCUAGACGAUCCCCACCGUCUACCGACCCACCAGCCGCCACCAGCGCCGCAGCUGGGGGAUCGGAGCCGUCAGAGAGUGCUCGAUAAUCUUAGCCGGGCGCCGGCCGAGCCCAGGAGACCGCUCGUGCCCCAGAAUGUUCCGAGACGUGCAGAUCCGCCGGCGCCGGUGCCGGUGCCGCAGAGACGGAGAGAGAGGACGCCGCUGGUGCCGUGGAAUAGGCCGUUGAGGAUUAUGGAUGCGCCGGGGAGGAGGGGGGGGAGGGGGGGGAGGCAGUUUCGGGAUUUUAUGCCGCCGUUGCAGGAACAGGAGCCCGAAGAGGAGGAGGAGGAAGAAGAAGAGGAAGAAAGGGGGAAUCCGUUGAAGGCGUUGCUUGCGCGGAGGAAUAGGAGAAGAUAG